GUGUACUGACUCGGCACGCUGGGGCGUAUGUAUUCUACGCCUGCUUUAAAUCUGAAGCCAUUGUUGUUGUUUUGAGUGAUUCACGAUAAGGCAAUGGUAAAGAGGCUGCAGAACUAUGCACCGGCCAUGUACAGGCAAGGCGCACGGGUGUCGCUUGUUCGAGCGAAAGUCGUGAGCGAAAGUCCGGCCUUCAGCCAACCGUUCAUUCCAGGUGCAAACGCAUGUUUUUGGUGCACUCAUUAUCACAGGCUGGCGCAUAGAAACCUUGAAGUUUGACGACGGGCAUCAGGACGCCAGCAUGUCAAUGAACCCCUUCGAGACGCUGGCCAGCAACGCGUACGCUGCCGCGGCGGAUGACCGGCCAGAAACGCGCUCGGGCGGCGCUCGGAGCAGGCCUGCUAACAACGUGGGCCGCUGCUCUGGACUCCUGCCCGGAGGCCCUCACGUCAUCAGUCCCCUACCUGGCGGCUUGCCUGGCGGCCGUGCCAUAAGCAGCAGCGCCGCCAUUGCAGCCGCCGGCGCCGUCGGCAGCCUGUUGUAUCCAAAUUGCAGCGCUGGCGAUCUUACAGGCCCUGCCGGCGCAGGCGCAAGCCUCGGUGGAGGCCACGGCGCGGCGGCGCGGGUAGUGCCAAGCUUUGGCCGCACCAGUGGCGACCCCUGGACGUUCGCGCCCGCUGGGCAAUCGGGCCGUGGGCGCCUGGGCGCGCUUGUUGCGCUCAGCUCGCUGGGCCUGCCAGGGGAAGAUGACUGCGCGACGUUUGAGCCCCUGGGUCUGGAUGAAGUGGAGCCGCCACUGCAGCCGCUGUCGCCCGUGCAGGCAAGCAGCAACAGCACACACCCAGCCCCCGAGACCAGCCCUCCGGCCGGGCCAGCGCCGCCAGCGCCAGGCGCCGCCGCGGCCGCUAGGUCUCCGGGCGCAUCGGACUCGUUUGGUUUCGGCGGCAGCGGCGGCGGCGGCGGGGCUGCCAGCGGGCUGCAGUCCCUGCGCAAAAUGGUUUCAUUCACUGCCUUUCCGGCCCCGGGCCUGGGCGAGGGCCUCUCCCGCCACGAGCCUGUUGCGGGCAACAGCGGCGCAGCCACAGCAGUCAUUGGUUCGUUCGGGGCGGCGCGGUCGCCUGGGUUGCCGGCGGGUGCUGACGGCGGGCUCCCGGCGGGCGGCGCCGACCAGCACGUGGCGGUCUUUGAUGUGGCAAGCUUGAUGGCGGGCGCGGACGAGGCGGAAGCGGCUGCGGGUGCAGCGGGCGGGCGCGCGUCGUUCCUGGACCCCUCCAAGCCGGCGGUGCGGCGCCUGCUGCCGCCGCUAUGGCACGCCAGCCAAGCCGCCGCCUGCGAGCCGCCGUUGCGCACCGUCAGCGGCGGGCUUGGCCUCAGUAACUGCAGCAGCGGCGUGGUAGGGGCAACUGGUGCCGGGGGCGGCGGCGGCACUGCGGGCAACAGCCGCACCAACAGUCGUGCAGCCAGCCUGAACAGCCCCGGCCCUGACGGCGGCGGCGUCAACAAGGCAGCUGUCGACAUGCGUACGCUGCUACUCGGGCUCUCGGCAGCUUCCCCUAGCUCCACAAGCUAUUGCGGUGACGCUGACAUCUCGGAAGCGGCCCUGGCGCUGGGGCUCCUGCUGCAGUCGGCGCCUGCUGCUGCUGGCUCCGCGUUCGGCGGCUUGGAAUUGGCGGCUGCAGCCGGCGCCGCGGUGCAGACAACAAGCGCUGCUGGCGGCGCCGCCGCGGCGCGCGCGCCCUCCGGCCCAGCGGUCAUGGUGGGCACCGGCGGCUUGUUCAACAGCAGCUCCAAGCGGUCGUUGCCGCCCAUGGACAACUCGCGCCUCGCCAGCACGACAGGCCUGACAACCGGCGGCGGGGACUUCGCGAAUGCGGCGGCUGUGGAGCCAGCAGCAGGAGGUGCCAGCCUGUUGAGCCGACUGGCUGCGCUGUCAGGGCCGGGGGCGGCGGGCGAGGCAGGUGCGGGUAGCGCAAGUGGCGGCGGCGGCGGCAGCGGCUGGAGCGGAGGCUGCUGUGCCCUGUACCGGGCAGCUACAGAAGGGCUGGAAUACGUGCAGGACUCGACGGCUGGUCGCGAUCGUGCCAGCAGUGGCAGCAGCAGCUGUGGCGCUGUAGGCGCUGCUGGCAGCUAUGGUGCUGCAGGUAGCACAAGUGCCGCCACGAGCGGCGGCGCGGCGGCGGUGGCUGGUGCCAACGGUUGCGAAGGGCAGGCGGCGCAGCAGGACUUGGCCACUGCUUCUACUGGCGACGGACUCCUGCGCCGAAGUGAGAUCGCAACGGGCGCUCUUGUCCCCAGCAGCAGCAGCGGCGGCGGCGGCGCCGGCGGCACCGGCAACCCCGGCGACAGCAGCGCGAGCCAACUUAGGCUGCUGGGUGGAUUGGUUGGGAUGCCCGCGGCAGCUAGGAUGCUGUCAGGAACUCCAGCCUUCCAUACUGCUGCCGGUACGGGCAGCAGCAGCGGCGAGACAGCAGCCGGUGGCGGUGCCGUUCGUGUGGAGGCCAUGCGUGGUCGUAGCUUUGUCAUGUCGGCACGCCAGCGUGCCCUGCUGUGCCUUGUUCCGGAUGGAGCGGCAGGCGGCACCGCCGCCGAUGGCGGCGACGACAACGACAAUGAAGACGAGGAGGAGGGCCCGCAGCGAAACCAGCAGCUGGCCCACCAGCAUCGCCUGACGCAGGCACAGCUGCCGCUGCGCGAUGGGCUUUUUCGCAGCAGCACGCAGGUGACAUCAUCAAACGCGCCGGCUGAGGGCCCGCGCUUCGCACAGCGGCCGCCAUCCACUGGCGUGCUGGGUGCAAGCUUGCUGUCGCCUGUUAUUGGGGCGACCGACCGUGCGCGCCAAGUAGCCUGGGGCACGCCCGCUGCCGCCAGCCCCCGCCCAGCGGGCUUUGGUCUGCCGUUGCCGCCGAUUCAGGACAUACGCGCGCGUGCCAUGGAGCGGCGGUAACGGCAUGCGUGUGCUUUUGGCAUUACCAGUGAGGGGGUCACUGCCAGUGACCCAAUGCAUUGCGUGGUGGCAACGCACAUGGCUACGGUGCGCACGUUGACGUCCGUGCCGUGGAAACAGCAUAAGUCAGCAGCAUCCACAAUAUAAAUGAGGAGAUGGGCUGGCGUCAAGCACGCACGUUGGCAUGUUGAAUGGUAUCAUCAACAAGUUAUAUUGAAUUGCAUGAGGCACGUAUCAUACGCAAUACCCCUGUGUCUGGAUAUCAGCAAUGCGGCACAUGUGCGUGUAGGGUGCGAUUGUAGCAAUGUGAUCUCGGCAUGGUUGUCUGCUUUGCAAGCCCACGGCGUCAAACAGAUUGUGUGCAUGGAUGCGCCACACUGCAGCCAUACCUGUCACGGCGCAAGGAUGACAUGGCUUAGAAUGGAUGCGGAUGUGCGUGCGUGAGCUUCACGCAAGAUUAUUCCAUGCAUAAAAUCUUUAUGCCCAGCCCCUGCCGGGCAAGCCUCUUUGCCCUCGUGCGGCUGCAUUGUGUUGCUUGGCGGUCCGUGUUUCUCGGGGUCCAUUCAGAGACUGAGCGGAAACACUGGCGCCUCAUAUUCUUACGGAUACAUGCAUUAAGAAUUUGCGCGCACAAAAGGCGCCCUAGAUGCGUUCUACUGGACGGCAAGCUGAGAUUUAUUCUAAGUGAUGUACUUGGUGCAGGUAAAUGCGGCGACGCGCGCGCGGGUUAGGGCCGUGCGUGGCGGCGGCAUGUUUGCGGUAAUUACGGUACCAUGCUAUGCGGCAUGCGUGUGCGCAUACUACAGUUAAGGCCCCCGACUACAGCAACGUUCGGGUUGAUGCAUGAUGGCGUUGGGGACGUGCUUCAUGGAACCUUCACCGCUGGAGGCCAGCAUGCCCUGCCGCGAAGGUUUCGCAUUUGCUUGUGCAAAGUGCAAAGCAAAAGCAAUUCUGCAGUAGGGAGCUAGCGCCAGUGCACGUACCUCAUCUCAUCACUGCGCAUAAUUUAUCUUGAUUUUUAAGUGAUUGUGCGCAGUCCGUGCUGCGGGUUAGCACGGACUGUGCACCCCACCCAACCGGCCACGUCCGGAUUUGCGGGGAUGCCAAAGGCCCCCAACAUAGAGGCGUGUGCUUAGUAGGCGCCCGCGUCAAGGUGGCUGGGUUGAUAACGACCCGGGAUCAGCCCUUUUCCUGCCAUAAGGCAGCCACCUCCUUGUUAAGUGAUUAUGCGUGCCCCCAAGGGGGGCUAUUGCAUGCGCGGUGAUGCCAUACAUGUCAGGCGGGGGAUGCGCGGUGAGUGCAGAAAUGUGUACACGAUCACUGUGUGUGACGGUAGUGACGGGUGUGUUAGGAAAGCACUAGGGGGGUGUGGAUUUUUGCUUAGGUGGUGCGAUCUACCGUGCAUUCCUGUGUGGGUGUGUUUCGAGCGCAGGCGGGCGCCAUCAUUGUUCGGUGCGGUGGGCUGUGCCCCACGGGUGUGCCCCAGGACCCGUCUGUCGCAUCGGUGGGAAUGUCCCGACUAUUCAUCUUCAGCAGGCCAAGCACCUUCGCUACUACGGACGCAAGUUGGCACAGGUAGCCCGACGUAACAAGAGGAGAUGGUGCGGUCCCGGCAAUCCUGGUUGCCAAGGCGCACCCACACGCACCCACGGGGCGCACCACUGCCUAUGUGCAAGAUCAGCAGUCGUCUCCGCAGCUCCGCUGCCCCCUCCCUGUGUCAUGGACGCAUGCCGUCAUGGCUAUAGACGCCCCCACGGCUCUACAGCUGUGUGCUUGGCCGCAAUCUCUGCGAUGGAGUAUGGACUAAUGGUCAGAGACUCUUGUUCGCCGCCAGGAAUGAACAGGGACGUACGUUGGCCAGAACUAAGGCGCUAGUUGUAGCUGUCAUCCCACAUGUAACCUCUAUUCGCU